GAGGCGAAUAGAUAGAGAGACAUAGACACACAAAGAGUGAAAGAGAGAGAGAAAGAAAGAAGGAAGCCAUUUUGGUUUCUCAGUGACAUUUCUGCCUGCACUUUGCUUUCUUCUCUCUGCUUUCUUCUCUUGGAGAGAUAGUAAGUGGAAGGAGUGUUGACGAGCAAGGCCUUUCUGUCUGCUGUUGUGUGGACGUCCAACUGAAGAACACCUGAAGAAGAACAGCAGGACUGGGAAAAUACAAUUUCAUCUUGAGGUGAUCGUCAUCCACUCAAAUGGUGGCCUCCUCUCGUUAAAAGUCUUUGGUUUGACAUCAGCUGCACGGACGUCAAGUCUUUGAGGACACAAGAUGAGCUCUGACCGAGGGCCAUCUAGGGUGGAGGUGACUGGGUGGAGCCCACAGCAGCUGGCAGAUUACCUGAAGAGGAUGGGUCUGUCUGGCUGUGAUAAGGUGGUGAUGAAGAACUCCAUCAGCGGCUCCAGAUUUGUGAAUCUGAGUGAUAACGACCUCCAGAAAUUCCCCAAACUUCACGCUCCGAUGAUCUCUAAGAUCAGCAUUGAAAUCAGCAAGAAGGAGGAGAGGAGAGGCCUGUUUGGUAAAAAACCAACGCCCAAAUAUCAUGAACCAGAAAUGGCUGCUGACGUUCAGGGAUGGGCUGAAGACGAGUUUGACGAUGAAGAGUUUGAAGAUGACUACGAGAGUCCAUUCAGCGGUGAUGAUGAGGGCAGUGGGGGAGACUACGAGUCCCCAAACGAUGACCCCGACGGGUCCAACGAUUACGAGCCCCCUCCCUCCGAACCUCCAGAGGACCUGGCUAAAAAGCUGUGCCCCACCCUGCCCAUCGGAGACAGUGAUUACAUUGAUAGCCAUUUGUCCUCCAGGGGCCCACCCCCUGCUGUGUGUCCUCGCCCCCCAGUAUCCACCCUGUCUGCACCUUCAUCUCGGAUGCCAGGAGAGUCUUCCUUUAGAAGAGACCCCUCCCCACACUCUGGAGCAAGACAAUUUCCUCCAGGGCCGCCACAGAUCUUUCGUGGCAACAAACCGGGCCGAGAUUCGGGAUCCAACGUGUCCCCGGCCAGAGGACCUCAUCGCAACACAGUGGACAGGCCAGGCACACAUCCUUGGAGGCCUCAGACGGACACCCCCGAUCCUCCCACCUGGACAAAACCACCUGUUCUUCCUCCGUCCUCCACCUCCGUCAGCAGGAGCAUCUCCUCAGCCAGACCUCCUUCUGCCAACAGGUUUGAUAUAAGGAGAGAGCAAAUACCAGAUGAAGCUCCUAAACACAACACCUUCCCCCUCCACAAUAAAGGUCCCCUCCCUCGCGUUGGAUUCCCCGGGCCCCCCUCACGCCAAGGAGACAGUCUGCCUCCCAGUAUGCCCUCUACAGGCUCUCUGCCUCACAAACUGCAGUCAGCAAUUGCCGAACAAAGAGGCAGCUUCAUAGGAUCAGACAGACAGUCAUUUCAUCCUUCUCCAGCCACAACAGGACACACACAGGAGCUGGACCCUCGCUGGUAUGUGGGUAAAGUGACCAGAGGUCAGGCAGAGGGAUGUCUAAAACAAGUCAGAAAGGACGGGACAUACCUGGUCAGGGACAGCACCCGGCAGCUGGCCAAUCAGCCCUUCACCCUGAUGGUCUUCUAUCAGGAUAAAGUCUACAACAUCCAGAUCAGACAGCAGAACCAGAAGUUCCAGCUUGGAACUGGACUCAAAUCCCAGGAGUCUUUCCCGUCAGUGAGUGGCAUCAUUGGCCAUUACUCCCAGUCUCCUCUGCUCCUCAUCGAUGCAAAAAACCGCACCUCCAGCCAGCAGAACCAGUGUCUGCUCUCUGAGCCAGCUGGAUACCACAUGACCGGAGAGACGUGGUCCUGACCGGAUAAACUGGAUCACACCAGAUCACAAAACUAAACCAAAGGGAAUUAAGAUUAAUGUUCACCUAAAACGCCUUUGAGGCGUGGUACUCGCCAAUACCCGAUCCAGCAUUUUAGGCGGUAUCUGUGGGAUUUCCGAUACUGUUAUCGGUAUGGGAACAACUCCAUAAACAUGCUCAGGUUUUUAUCUGUAACAAUGAGUACAAAUUAUUUUGCACACGUUGCUUCCUGUGCUUAUUUUUGACCAUUGACAAACUACAGUUUCUAGCUUUAUGUCAGCGCUCAGUUUUGAGUUUAAAGUGUUUGACACAAUAAACCUUUAAAGGGGUGAUAGAAUGAUUAUAUAGGGUAUUUCACAGUGUUCCUUAUGGUCUCCUAAUGGGGUAUGUAACAUUGGUUGGGCUGAAAAUGGCCUGGUUGA